ACGAAAUAACCCCAGGAGUAAAUAGAAAUGAACUAAUAUUCCAAAAAAGAAGUGAAAAUAAUUCAAAUAUAGAAAAAACUUAUAAUAGAAAUAAUGAAAUAGAAUUUGGAGAAUCAACCGGACCAAGACCAUCAUUCUUAAAUGACAAUAGAAGAACAUUUGAAUCAGGAAGAAUUAUAUCAAGGCCAGGACAAACACCAAUUCAUAUCAGAAAUGAAGAAAAUAAAAAUGAGGAUCUACCAAAAUAUACAGAAGAACCUAAAAAGGAAGAAAAAAGAGUAGAAUAUACACCAUUAACUACACCAAACACAACAGAUAAUGAAAGAGAAAAUGAACCAAGAAUAUACAAUAAGAAAGCCAAUAGAAAUAAAUUUUCAAAAAAGAAAUUUUCUUCUGCAGGAAAGAAGAAAAGAAUUCUAGAAAAAGGAAUAAAUUAUGAAAAUGAAGAAAAUAAAGGAUAUAGGGAAGCAUCAAGAAGAAAUCCUUUUGUAACAAGACCACAAUAUCAAGGAUCAGGAAGAUCUACAACAACUAGACAACCAACCACGGCAACAAUAACUACUAUUGGAAGAACUCAAACGGGAGCAAGACUGACACUAAUAGCAAGGCUAUACCAAAAUGGAGAUCGAGGAUCAGAAUUUACCGCAAUAGGGAAAAUCAGAAAUGUAGAAUUUAAAGUAUUAUUUAAUAUGGAAAGAGAAUACGACUAUAUAUCAAAUAGUAAUUUAGCCACAAGAAUCGGAGGUGGAACACAUAAUCUAAGAAGAGAAGAUAUAGCAUUAGUAAACGGAGGAUUACCGGAAGAAAUAUCAAACACAAGAAACAUUACAUCAAAAAAAUCAGAUGACUCAACAAUUAUAGAAUUCGAAUACUUCUUCAUAACAUGUAAUAAAUGUUACAUAUCAAGAAGCACAACAAACAGUAACUAUAUAAGUAUAGGACUAAGAACACAAAAACAGAAUGGGAUAGAAAUCAACUUGUCAAAAAAUCAAUUCAGUAUACCUAACCCAGAAUAUGAACCAAAUAUACAAAAAACUAAACUAUACACAAAGAAUGUAUACGGAAGAGGAGAUUAUGGAAAUAGACCACUACAACUAUCAGAAAUAAAAGAUUCAGAUGAUGAAUUGGAUUUUUAUUUAGAAAAUUCACUAUAUGAAACAGAGGAAGAACACCCAUGGGAACAAGAAAAGAUAAUAGAUUUAGGAAGAAUAUAUUAUUUAGGAAGAAAGACAAGAGAAGAAAAGAAAUAUGAAAAAUAUAUAGGAACGUUUAAAGAAAGCGGAAUAAGAAUA